AUGUAUUGUUACACAGGGACGCCUGCCACAACACGGGACGAUACUGGAAGGUACAGCCAUUCUUCGUCGGUCCAUUCAAAAUUGUUAAGAAGUUCAAACGACAAUGCGUUCGAACUGGGUUUACCAAUUGUAACGAAGAAGCAUAGGGUAUUCAACAUCAAGUGGCUAAAAAAGCUUAUAACCAGAGAAGGACUGUACUACCAGCACCCUCCCCUGAGCAAAUACGCCAGGAUGAACAAAUUGCAAGAUAUUAUUUCCAUUGUUGGCUAUGAUCCAGACGAAAAGAUAUACCAUUGUAAGUUGCAAUGUGUCGACCCCCAGAUUACGAUAGCAUUUGAAGAAGAUGAAAUACAGAAGCUACCGCAUCAAAGAUUCAGAUCCUUACUGCAGAAUCUCAAGACACUAACGGACUUCGAGCACCCAGUGGAAGACCAUUGGGAGGGGGGAAGAUGUAAUAGUACAAACUGGACAUAUCGGCUCGACAAGAGAAGAUUGAGGGUCUGGCCAAGUACGUGA